CUCUUCUCUCUAUCGUUGACUUGGCGGCACUCGCUACACAAUAAGUACGCAGCCCGUCAAUGGUUAAUCUUCUCUUCCGUGUGGAUCUCAAGUCUUUCGAUUGAUAAGUAUUCUUCGUUGAUUCGGUCCUUCUUUCUUGGAGUCUUCACUUCUCACCAUCGGAUCUCUGUGACCUUUGAUGGAGACCAUUGCUGGAUUUGAUGAUUUCUAUGAGAUCAGCAGCACUAGCUUCCUCGCCGCACCGGCGCCAACCGAUAACUCCGGAUCAUCCACCGUCUACCCGACGGAGCUUUUCACCAGACCCGAGGUAUCCGCGUUUCAACUCCUCUCCAACAGCCUCGAGUCCGUCUUCGACUCGCCGGAAGCGUUCUACAGCGACGCCAAGCUUGUUCUCUCCGACGACAAGGAAGUAUCCUUCCACCGUUGCAUUCUCUCGGCGAGAAGCCUCUUCUUCAAGGCCGCUUUGACAGCCGCCGAGAAGGUGCAGAAGUCCACCCCCGUGAAGCUCGAGCUGAAGACACUCGCGGCGGAAUACGACGUCGGGUUCGAUUCUGUGGUGGCUGUUCUGGCGUACGUUUACAGCGGCAGAGUGAGGCCGCCUCCGAAGGGAGUUUCUGAAUGCGCAGACGAGAGCUGCUGCCACGUGGCGUGCCGUCCGGCUGUGGAUUUCAUGGUGGAGGUUCUCUACUUGGCUUUCGUCUUCCAGAUUCAGGAGCUGGUUACCAUGUAUCAGAGGCAUUUACUGGAUGUUGUAGACAAAGUUAUGAUAGAAGACACUUUGGUCGUCCUCAAGCUUGCUAACAUCUGCGGUAAAGCGUGCAAGAAGCUAUUCGAUAAGUGCAGAGAGAUCAUUGUCAAGUCUAACGUGGAUGUUGUUACUCUAAAGAAGUCAUUGCCUGAGGACAUUGCCAAGCAAGUAAUCGAUAUCCGCAAAGAGCUCGGCUUGGAGGUAGCUGAACCAGAGAAACAUGUCUCCAACAUACACAAGGCGCUUGAGUCAGACGAUCUUGACCUUGUCGUUAUGCUUUUGAAAGAGGGCCACACGAAUCUAGACGAAGCGUAUGCUCUCCAUUUUGCUGUUGCGUAUUGCGAUGAGAAGACAGCGAGGAAUCUCCUGGAACUGGGGUUUGCGGAUGUCAACCGGAGAAACCCGAGAGGGUACACGGUAAUUCACGUCGCUGCGAUGAGGAAAGAGCCGACACUGAUAGCAUUGUUGUUGACGAAAGGGGCUAAUGCAUUAGAAAUGUCUUUGGACGGGAGAACUGCUCUGUUGAUCGCGAAACAAGUCACUAAGGCGGCCGAGUGUUGUAUUCUGGAGAAAGGGAAGUUAGCUGCCAAAGGCGGAGUAUGUGUAGAGAUACUCAAGCAACCAGACAACACACGAGAACCAUUUCCUGAAGAUGUUUCUCCCUCCCUUGCAGUGGCUGCUGAUCAAUUCAAGAUAAGGUUGAUUGAUCUUGAAAACAGAGUUCAAAUGGCUCGAUGUCUCUAUCCAAUGGAAGCACAAGUUGCAAUGGAUUUCGCCCGAAUGAAGGGAACACGCGAGUUUGUCGUGACGACAGCAACUGACCUACACAUGGAACCUUUCAAGUUCGUAGAAAUGCAUCAGAGUAGACUAACAGCGCUUUCUAAAACUGUGGAAUUCGGGAAACGCUUCUUCCCACGCUGUUCGAAAGUGCUCGAUGAUAUUGUGGACUCUGAGGACUUGACUAUACUGGCUCUCGUAGAAGAAGACACUCCUGAGCAACGACAACAAAAGAGGCAGAGGUUCAUGGAAAUACAGGAGAUUGUUCAAAUGGCGUUUAGUAAAGACAAGGAGGAUCUUGGAAAGUCGUCUCUCUCAGCUUCGUCUUCUUCCACAUCCAAAUUAACUGGUAAAAAGAGGUCUAUUGCUAAACCCUCUCACCGGCGUCGGUGACACUAUUUGUUCGGGGUAAUAUUUGAUGUACCAUAUAUAUAUAUUUGAGUUAUCAUGUGUCUUAGUGUCUCUGUCUAUUGUUGGCUCAGUCAUAUAGUUUUGUUCGUCAUUUUGCAUCCUGUGUAUUCCGCAGCUUUCGGUGUGUUUGAAGCAAAUGCUGUAACCUUUUGAAUCUGUGAUAUAUCUAUUAUAAUAAACCAUGAUGGGUGUUACAGA